AUGUUAAAAUUAUUCACGCUGUUAAUUAAAGACGUCCUUAAAUUUCUGUAAAAUACACACUCAAGAUACUCGCCACCUCCCUAUUACUUUGAUAGGGUCAAUAUUCUGUAAAAUCAAAUUAAUUGUUAAAAUCUUAGAUAACACCUUCCAUUAUGUAAAAUUUAAGUGCUGAUAAUAAUUCCUAAAUUAAAUGAUUCCAAAGAUCUCUUAUGGUCUAUUAUGUAAUAAUCAUAAUGAAAAAAAAUAAAGAAGAAUUAUUCUACACGCGAAUAACUAAGAAGUAUAAAAGAGAAGAACAAGGAAUAAUUAAGUAUAUAAUAGUUUAUGAAAAAGUUAAUUGAUGUUUUUUGGUUGAAUUAUAGUUUAUUUGCAAAGCUAUAACUUUAUUGCCAUAAAUUUGCUUUAGAAUGUAGAUAAAACUAAAUUGAAAAACUUUUGCAAUAAAUACAAAGUUGAAGAGAAUAAUCUGCUGAUUAAUUCUUAUAUUUAUUUUAGAAUAAUAUAAAAUUUGAUGUUGACUCUAAUAUUUGAUUUCCAAUAACCAUUCUUAUAAAUCCAGAAAAUCAACAUAGAUGAAGUUAAUAAAUUAUUAAUUUCUUUUCCUCCUGAUUCAUUAGACAUAGGUAUGAAUGAUUCCGUGGUUAUGUUCUUUAUUUAAUUUGAAUAGAAAUUAUUAUUAUUCAUUUAUUUUUGUAUAAAUAUGACAGCCAAAGAUGUGAUUAUGAAAAUGAAUAAAGAAGCUGAGUAUAAUGCACUCACUGCUGACUUUUAAGGAAAUGACACUAAAUUUGUUGGAGAAUAUGAAAAUGUUAGAAUUCCAUUUGAAAAGAAGGAAACAAUCAAAGAUGCUUUUAGAAAGGCAUCUAAAGCAUGUUAGCCAACAUUAAAGAAGUAAAUGUCCAGUCUAACAAUAGUCUCUCUUUGAGGUAAAAUUGGUUGGAUUUAUAGGAUAGAAUAUAUAAUAGAGCAUAAUACUACACAAGUAUUGAAUUGUGAUCUAUAAUUCCUAGCUGAUGCAAAUUCUUGCAUUAGUGAUGCAAGAAAUGUUGCUGAGGUUAAUCUCUGUUGCGAUAAUUACAUUGAAAGAUUAAACAAUGACUUUUAUAACGAUGUCCUAAAAAUAUUAAAGGAUUAUUGAGAUAUUUCAUUUAUUAAGAAUAUGCAUAAAAAAAACCAAAAA